AUAGGCUGAUGUGCUCAGAGUGAACCCCAGUGAGGCCCACUGUGGUUUUCAGUACAUGGGUAGAGAGGCUCCACUGAAGCCCAGCGUUCACUAGCACUUCUGUUCUCAUAGAUGAUCACUGUUUGACCAUUGAUGCCGGAUUCAACGGACUGAAAGAGAGGGAUCAAAGAGAGGAGUGGAAAAUUAACUGGGGGGGAAAGGAGGGGCUGUGGAGAACAGUGAAGUAGAAAGGGAUGGAGAGCGUUUCAUCGGAUCAGUCAGCCAGUGUGGAUGAGCUGGUGGAAGCCUGCAUCAAAGCCUUUGACAAUGAUGAAGGUGUUCUGAAGGAGCCGUCGCUCGUGCGAUUGUUUCUCACCAUGCAUCCCUGGUACCUGUCAUCCAGUGACCUAGCUAAGAAACUUCUGCACAAGUCUCAGGAACAGGAUUGCUCUGCAAAUCGCCAGUCUCAAAUCUGUCACCUUGUCAGGUACUGGAUAUCUGAGUUCCCAGCUGAGUUUGACCUGAACCCCGCACUGGCUGAGCAGAUCCGCGGUCUGAAAGAGCGACUGGAACAGAAUGGAGAUGUGAGGCGUAGUCUGCUCAUCGACAUAGACAGCAUUCCAUCUUACGAAUGGCGACGUCAACUGGAUGAAACUGUCCAGAAAAAACGCAAGACCUCUCUUCUUUUUGACCACCUGGAUGCUUCCACCCUGGCUGAACACUUAACAUAUAUGGAGUACAAAUCAUUUUGCAAAAUUUUGUUCCAGGACUACCACAGUUUCGUGAUGCACGGCUGCACGGUGGAUAAUCCCAUUCUGGAGCGUUUCAUUACUCUGUUUAACAGUGUUUCCCAGUGGAUCCAGAUCAUGGUUCUCAGUAAGCCUACAGCUCAGCAGAGAGCCACUGUCAUCAGUGAAUUCAUCAAUGUGGCCCAGAGGCUACUGCAGCUGCAGAACUUCAAUACACUGAUGGCUGUAGUGGGUGGGCUCAGCAAUAGCUCCAUUGCUAGACUCAAGGAUACGCAGGCGCUCAUUGGCAGCGAGACGCGCAAGGUCUUUGAUGGAUUGGUGGAGCUGGUCACUUCCUCUGGAAACUACAGUCGCUAUCGUCAGCGUUUCUCAGAAUGUUCGGGAUUCCGCUUCCCCAUCCUUGGGGUGCAUUUGAAGGAUCUGAUUGCCGUCCAUGUAGCCCUGCCUGAUUGGUUUGACCCGGAGAAGACUAGGGUCAACCUAACCAAGACUCAUCAAUUGUAUGCCAUUCUUGAAGAGCUGGCGCUCAUUCAAAGCACUCCGCCCAGUAUAGAAGCCAAUUCAGACCUGCUGAAUCUGCUUAUAGUGUCUUUGGACCAGUACCAUUCAGAGGAUGAGAUAUAUCAGCUGUCUCUACAGAGGGAGCCUCGCAGUAUUAAACUAUCAGCUUCCAGCUCAAAGUCACAGUCUCCUCUAAUAGAACAGUGGUCAUCUUCAGUCAAACCCAAAGCGGAUCCAGCCAUCAUCAACAAACACAUUGAAAAAAUGGUGGAGUCAGUGUUUCAAAAUUUUGACACUGAUGGCGAUGGCUACAUUUCCCAAGGAGAGUUUGAGAUCAUCAGGAGGAAUUUCCCUUACCUUUGCAAGUUUGAUGAACUGGACCAAAACCAGGAUUGUAAGAUUAGCCGUGAGGAGAUGAUUGGGUACUUCACAAAGGCGAGCUCCUUACAGAACUGUAAGAUGGGUUUUGUUCACACGUUUACAGAGGCGAGCAGCGUCAAGCCUUCAUUUUGUCGGCACUGCUCUCGUUUGAUAUGGGGAUUUUACAAACAGCGAUGCAAAUGCAUAGUGUGUGGGGUGAGCUGUCAUAAAGACUGCUGCAGUCGUUUGGCCAUCGAGUGCCGUAAGCGUGCACAGAGUGUCAGUUGUCACAGUGACGUUUCCUUUAAGGCCACACGCUCUUUCAGCUUUCCGCCUCCCUCCAGCACAGAGCCGAUAGUCAUCACAGACGGCUCUCAGGAGGAACAGGAUGAGGUUUUGGAUGUCCGCCUUUGA